AGGCGGAGGAGGAGGAGGCGGCGUCCGCUGCGGUGAGCGGAGCGGCGGGCGAGCGAGCGAGCGAAUCUCUGGCGUGCGGAAUCACUCGAGGCCCAGGCGGAGCGGAGCGAGGGGAUCGCGGCUCCCCGUGAAGAAUGUCAGCCACCAGCGUCGACCAGAGACCUAAAGGACAGGGAAAUAAAGUUUCAGUACAAAACGGUUCGAUUCAUCAAAAGGAUGCAGUAAAUGACGAUGAUUUUGAGCCAUAUCUAAGUAGUCAGACAAAUCAGAGUAACAGCUAUCCACCAAUGUCAGACCCAUAUAUGCCUAGUUAUUACGCUCCAUCUAUUGGAUUUCCAUACUCUUUAGGCGAAGCAGCAUGGUCAACUGCAGGUGACCCUCCAAUGCCAUACUUGACAACUUAUGGACAGAUGAGUAAUGGUGAACACCAUUACAUACCUGAUGGUGUAUUUAGUCAACCUGGGGCAUUAGGAAAUACCCCUCCAUUUCUCGGGCAGCAUGGAUUUAAUUUUUUUCCUGGGAAUGCAGACUUCUCUACAUGGGGGACAAGUGGAUCUCAGGGACAAUCAACGCAAAGCUCUGCUUAUAGCAGCAGCUAUGGCUAUCCGCCUAGUUCUCUUGGGAGAGCCAUAGCAGAUGGACAGGCUGGAUUUGGCAGUGAUACUCUGAGCAAGGUGCCUGGGAUUAGCAGCAUUGAGCAAGGCAUGACUGGACUGAAAAUUGGUGGAGAUAUGACAGCCGCUGUGACAAAAACUGUAGGCUCAGCUCUUAGCAGUACAGGUAUGACAAGCAUUGCAGCAAACAGCGUGCCCCCAGUUAGCAGUUCAGCACCUAAACCAACCUCAUGGGCUGCCAUUGCAAGGAAGCCUGCUAAACCUCAGCCGAAGCUCAAGCCUAAAGGUAAUGUGGGCAUUGGGGGUCCUGCUGUACCGCCACCACCUAUAAAACACAACAUGAAUAUUGGAACUUGGGAUGACAAAGGGUCAGUAGUAAAAGCACCCCCAGCCCAACCAGUACUGCCUCCUCAGACUAUAAUCCAGCAGCCUCAGCCAUUAAUUCAACCACCACCACUGGUGCAAAGCCAACUGCCUCAACAGCAGCCUCAGCCACAGCAACCACAACAGCAACAAGGACCUCAGCAGCAGGCCCAGCCUCACCAGUUGCAGCAGCAGCAGCUGCAAAACCGCUGGGUAGCUCCUCGUAAUAGGGGUGUUGGCUUCAGCCAGAAUAAUGGAGCUGGUAGUGAGAACUUUGGUUUAGGUGUUGUAUCCGUCAGUUCCUCACCUUCUGGUGUGGAAGUGCACCCAGUGCUGGAGAAACUAAAGGCCAUAAAUAACUAUAAUCCCAAAGACUUCGAUUGGAAUCUGAAGAAUGGACGGGUGUUUAUAAUCAAAAGUUAUUCAGAGGACGAUAUUCAUCGCUCCAUUAAGUACUCUAUCUGGUGUAGUACUGAGCAUGGUAAUAAGCGCUUGGAUGCUGCUUACCGUUCCCUGAAUGGAAAAGGCCCGCUCUAUUUACUCUUCAGUGUGAAUGGCAGUGGACACUUUUGUGGAGUGGCUGAGAUGAAGUCUGUUGUGGACUACAAUGCAUAUGCUGGUGUCUGGUCUCAGGAUAAGUGGAAGGGGAAGUUUGAUGUCAAAUGGAUCUUUGUCAAGGACGUUCCCAAUAACCAACUGCGGCAUAUUCGCUUGGAAAACAAUGACAACAAACCAGUUACCAAUUCGAGGGACACUCAAGAGGUACCCCUAGAAAAAGCCAAGCAAGUGCUUAAAAUAAUUGCUACUUUCAAGCAUACCACCUCAAUCUUUGAUGACUUUGCACAUUAUGAGAAGCGUCAAGAGGAGGAGGAAGCCAUGCGUAGGGAGAGAAAUAGAAACAAACAAUAACUAAAUGGAGAUGUCCUGCUAGAAUUACAACACUAAUGAUGUAGACUCUGGAAAUGCCUAAUAUGUCUAAGAAGACGUUAUUAAAGCUUUUUUCUGCUUAAGGUGACAUCUUUGAACACUUUAACACAAAAUUGACUCUUCUUGUAAUGGUUCUCAUCAGUGCAUCUGCCCUUAUACUCUCUCACCAAACACACUUGAGAACUGUACCUUCGUCAAGCACUUUCUGUCCUGAAGCUUUUACCAGUAUCUGCUGUCUUUUGUAUUUAUGCAUCCUAGCUAAGGCACAGGAGACGGAACGAAUGCAAGGAUUCAUUAAUUCUUUGAAUUUGUUAAAUACUAACAUUUAACCAUUAGAAGUGGUUCAAUGAUGUGAGAUUCACAUUGCUUCAACUUAAUUUUUUCUUUGUUGUAGUUUUUUUAAUUGUCAGUUUUUAGCUAUUCAACAGAUUAAAAGCAAAUCAUGCCAUAUUUAGUCCUGGAGUAAAACUCAAGUCUAAAUGUUCAUGUGAAAAUUAUUGUAGUAAUCUUUUAAUAUGGCAAAGCAACUUUAAGCUGCAGUUUAGCCAAAUGAAACGUAACAUGAAAUUAUACUAGAAUGACAUUUCCCUUGUUUCAAACUGUUUGGUGUAAGAGAAUAUUAAUAUGCAGCUUGGUGGACACCACCAGUUAAUGCACAUUUCUUUAUUUUUUUUUUUCUGUAACAUGUAUACUGAAAAAAGUGCAUUUGUCUGAGGAACUGUUUGUUUGCUACCACUCAAUGAAUCUCAGUUUUGAGUAAAUGUACCUCAGUCUAAAUCAGACUUUUUAUGACCUUUAUAACUACAUUUAAAAUAAUCUUUAAUUCCUAUUUCUGGGUGUUUGCAAGCCUUGACAGACUGCUAUCAUGAAAGUGAAAAUUUACUCCUCUAGGUGAUUCACUAGCUAAAUAAACAUAAUUCUUGUUUAGCAAGCAUAUACUGUUUCUCAAAUUUUUUUUCUUUCAUUGUCCCAAUAUCCAGGUGUUUUUUUUCCCUAUUAAAAAAUAUUUUGAGAAAAAUACUUUAAUCCCUGGAGAUGACAUAUUCAUAGCCAUGUUAACAUGAUUUUUUUGUUAGAGCCAUUCAUCAAGAAUUUUAGAAUGCGUAAUUCUAUAUAAGUUUCUAACUUCUAAAAACGCUAUCUUUUCUUUCAGCUUGUGUAGCAACACAUUCUGUCUGCUGGAAGAGAAUAUUAAAAAAAUGUUAAGCGGGUGUAUUGACUGUACAAAAUACUGAACAGCCUGUACUAAACUCCAGGGAUAGCUUUCUCUUUUUAGAAUGGCAGUGUAGAAGUCAGAUAUGUUAUAGCUUAAAAUAGCAAUACCACAUAUUAUUUGAACAUGUUUCACAUCUUACUGCCCAACACAGAUGUUUAUAUUGUGUUUCAAGUCCUUCAGUUACAGAUUCUGGCAAACAAAGUUCUGGAGUUUAAGUGGGAAAGGUUCACUUUGAAUACAGACUAUUUUGCUGUAUUUUAUUUCCUCUCUUCCAAAGCCCCUUGCACUCUUCUAACUUUGCAAAUACAAAGUUCAAUACACACUUAUUUCUUGCUCAUUGUUUAAAAUGUUGUUUGAGACUGUGGAGUAGCAAAUGGGAAUCUUAAUUCUUAGUGCCAGUUUUCUGGAAGCUCGAAAGAGAAGUCAGUCCUGUAUUUUGGAGAAAAGAAGCAACCUCACUUAAAUGCGUAUGUGUAACAAAUAGCAAGUGGGUAAGGGAGUGAUAAGCAAAGUGUGUAUUGUAAGAGGAGACUAGGAGAUAAAGGUUUCAAGCCCAAACCAUAUGAAAUUUGGCUUAAGCCCCAAAAUUGCCACUUCCAUGUGUAUCUGUUUCUUGCUAACAAGUUUUAAAGCUAUUUGUUUCCCUCUGUUGGCUGAUUUAUGGAUUACUGCCUAUUAUUGCAACUGUCAUUGAUCAGUUGAAGUGGCAAAGGUCAGUGUUGUGAGUCCAAAGAAUGUAGUCCUGAUGAUCCCUCAGAGGAUCAGCAUGCUUCAGUUUCUUUGUUACAAAAAUAUCUAAUGAAAAUGCACAGAAGUUUCCAGUUAAAAGAAAGCUACUGUUAGAGUCAGGCAUUCAGGAAUUGAUUGCAUGUGCAACCUUAAUUUGCUUCCACUGCAGUAUACAUAUUUUUGCCGGCUUUGUUAGUAUUCCCUGCUUUAUCCCUUGCCUCUUCUAUUCUAAUAGCAUGAGCAUUGCUCUUGGGUUGAAUCAGGUUUAGUAUAAAAUGGGUUCAUCAUGCCAUUGCAGCCUUUGAAAGCUUGGAAAAUGAGACAGGAUUGUGAGAGAAGGAGGUGAUCACAUUUAGAGAGCUGUGACAGUUCUUACACUCUUCCAGGAUUGCUAGCAAAUCCACAAAUAGAAGAGUUUUAUUGCUGAUGGUGUUAGUCAUGUUGCGACCGAUUUGCUGACUGCUGAGGGUUUAGUAUGUGCAGCUGAAAUUAAAAGGAAUUUUAUGUGCAUAUAAAGUACUGUAAAAAUAGUAUAUAACAUUGUAAAAUCAGCUAUAGAGUGCUGUACUAAUUAAUGGACAUGUCAAACUUCUAGCCUUCAGCUUCCUUAUGCACAAGUUCUUUUCCUCCAGAAAGAAAAGGAAUGGUGCUUAAUAUCUCAAAUAAAUGUAGAAAUACCUUUU